AUGGCUCGUAGUGAGGACGUUUUGGGUGAGAAAGUAGACAGAUGCUUCGCCGACUCUCUACUUAAAAUCACUGGUGGAGUUGCCAUUGGAAUUGUAGCCAGUGUUGCUUUCUUCAAGGGACGUUCUUUCCCUAUCUGGUUGGGUUCCGGAAUCGGUAUCGGGGCUGGAUGGUCUAACUGCAGACACGAUUUAGCCCAGCCAACUCUUCUUCAUGGAAAGAAAGUUAUAAUCGGUCAGGAUACCGAGGGCAAACCCUCCUACAACAUCGUUGUUGAGAAGAUUUAA